AUGGCUUUGCAGUUUCCACCCUGGCGACACGACUCUGAGUUAGCCAUGGUCCGAGACUGGUUCUUUCCGAAACAGGCGAAACAGGAAUUAUACUCAACCGUGUUAUGCCACACUUCGCGAGACCUGAGGCAGCGUGCUAUUGACAGGGUCAGCCUCUGGCUGUUCAAGGCCGGUCAACUACCUCCCGCGCUGGUAGCCACGGCAAGCUUGACCGAUGCUUUGAUCCACGAUGAACAAAGGAGGUCGUUAUCCGGUACCGCCAUCUCAGAGCUGGCCAUGCAGAGCAUAUAUGCCAUGGCAUUUGCGAGGUUUGUCAAUGGAUUCGUUGACCGUGAUGUCGCUCGUUCAUAUGCUGCUGAAAUGGCUCGGGAUAAUACUCCUGAGGGAGAAGAGGUCCCUCGAAUCUCAAUAAGUGCUGCCAAAGGUGAAAGCUCCAUGUAUGCUCACGCCGCCACGAUCGGGAUGCCCCAGAACUUCGUUGAUCUCCGUCACCAAGUCACGCACGCUGACAUACCCAAUCUGGUGUAUCUGAGAAAAAUGACAGAGCUAGCUCUGGACUGGAUCUGGGAGAGGUGGUGGGUCAAGAAUGUAACUGGCGACCCGGAACGCGCAUUAAGGGAGCUAGAAGAUAGGCGGCGGAUAUCACGAGAGGCGAGAAAUGGCGCAGAAUCGAGCAAGGACGACUCUACUAACAUGGCCGACGCCUCUGACAGCCAUGGUCAGACUCUGCCAAUGAAGGCCACAUUAGGGUUGAGUACAGCACAGAACGAAUCUGACUUCUCCUCCCCUGCAGGUAGUAGAAAUGCACCGAAACGCAAAUCUACAGCUUUAGAGGACAAUAAUUAG